GGCUCAGUUUUCAUUGUUUGUUCGUCUAAACAAAACACACAUAUUCUCUCGGAGUUUUUUUUUACAGACCUAGUUUUUUUUUUUGUUUUGUUUUCAUUUUAUUAACAAUUUAGUUUCGAUUGAAAUUGUUGCAAAAUUAGCAAGUGCAAAAUGUUAAAGCGAUUACGCAGCCAAUUGAAGAAGGCCGCUCAAAGUCUGGUGGCAAGUCGUGAACGGGGCAGUCAAGGUCACGCUGUGUCCUGGCCGAAGGACGACCGGGGGGAGGAUGAGGAGGUGGCCCAGCUGAAGGCGGAGCGUGAGCGGCGGGAGCGGGAGUAUUUGGCGGAGCGGAAUCGGGAGCCGUGGUUCGUGGUUUACAAGCGGCACAGUGGACAGCAGCAGAGCAGUGCGAGCAGGCGGAAAAUGCCGCGUGAGCGUUUGCAGCCGCGGCAGGCCGCUCCCCCGACCCCAUCCCCUGCCCCUCCCCUGCACCACCACCGCCGCCGCCCUUCGACCUCCCCCCGAUGUCUCGCCCAUCGAACUGUGGCGUCGGCAGCAACAGAAUCAGCAGCGGCGGGAGGAGCUGCAGCGGCAGGAGGCGCAGCAACUGCAGCGGCCCAGGAUCGAGCCGCUGGCCCACCAGCACUUGCGGCCACCGCAGCAGACCACCCGCCGCCCCACCACCCCCCACACCCUGGCCAUGCACCCGCUGCAGAGGGCAAGGGUCAUCUCGGCGCUGACCAAGAGGCAGCUACACCGCUUCCGGCAGCGCAAGUUGCUCCUGGAGGAGUUAAAGACGUAGUGGUAACCAAACCAAAAACCAUCCGACAACAACAACCCAGUCAUCCAAAAACCAUCCGCAAACUGGAAACCCAAGAAAGCUCUAAUAAUCACGCAGGAAUCACGCAAGAAUCACCCAAAAAUCACGCAAGAAUCACCCAAAAAUCACCCAAGACCCAGACCAGAACGACCCAAAAACAACAUUAAAGCUACUUUAAAACAACAUUGAAACCACAGAGAAAACACAAUUGAAAACUAUCCAAGAACAACCCAUGAAACACCCAUGAAACACCCAAGAACCACUUAAAAAACAACUUUAAUACAACACAAAAAUCGAACAAAAACCAAUCAAAAAUGUUCCAAAUUACCAGAAAACCAAAUGUGAAAUCAAAUUCAACGCAAGUCGAGGAAUUGGAAAUUUUCAGGAGGAUGGAACAAUUCAGGAACACUUUAUAAUACUGGAUAUGAGAAUUCCCCGUUUUGUUUGCCAAGUUCACCGCUCACCUGAGGUCGUCCGCCUCGAACACCCUUCGCUGCCAAUUGAUGUUAAUUUGUGUUUGAUGUUGCAGCAUUUGCAGUCCCAGCAUUAUUUUUUGGGCUCAAAUAUAUUACACUGUUUAAUUGUGUUUAAUGUGCACUUA